AUGCGACCGGCCUGGCUGCAUGUCGUCGCUUUUGCAUGCGGGGUCUAUGGAGCGCGGCUGCGGUCGAUGGGCUCAGCGCUCAUGGUUGUGGCGAGUGAGAAGGCGCCCUCGGAUCAGCCGGGCCGGGCCAAGGCGCCGGCUGCCAUCAACCUCUUUGAGCCAACAAACGAGUGGAAGACCAUCGAGGAAGGCCAGCAGCUACCAGGGGGACUGUGGAUCCGAAUCAACUUGGCCACGGGGCUCAAAGAAGCUCGACUGCUCGAGUAG